AUGUCUAAGGUUCUUGCCAUCUUUGGCGCCACCGGCCAGCAAGGAGGUUCAAUCGUGGACCAUGUCUUGAACGACUCUGGACUCUCUCAACAAUACAAAAUCCGUGCUAUAACUCGGGAUGCCACUUCCGAGAAGGCGAAACAGUUAAAAGACAAAGUCGAAGUCGUCCAUGGCGACGUACUCGACCGAUCCUCCCUCGAGACAGCGUUGACCGGUGUGCAUACCGUAUUCAUCAUGACAGCACCAUUUCUCAGUCCCGACGUCGAGUAUGACACCGUGAAAACUAUCGCCGACAUCGCCCUCGAGAAAGAUGCCAAGUACAUCAUCUUCAGCACUCUACCAUCUGUUCACGAGCUCUCUGGUGGCAAGUACACGAAAGUCACACCCUUCGACAACAAGGCGAAAUGCGAGCAGUACAUUCGGGGACUUCCCAUUCAGAGUGCUUUCUGCUCGCUCGGGUCGUUCAUGGAGAAUUUCGAGUCGGCCUCCUACUUGACACCACGGAAGGAAGAGGAUGGUACAUGGGUUGUGGCCCUUCACGUCUCUCCGAAGAUGCAAUGGCCUUUGGUGAAUGCUGUCAGAGACACGGGAAAGUUUGUCGGCGCAAUUUUAGCUGAGCCGGACAAAUUUGACGGCAAGACGUUCUGCGGCGCUACGAAGUUAUACACCUUGGAGGAAAUGAUCGCUACCAUGUCGAAGGCUACUGGAAAGGACAUCACUUACAAGCGUAUCUCGCCUGAGGAGUUCAGGGAGAGGAUGAAGUUGCCAGAUGGUUUGGCUGAUUUGUUCAUGGAAAUGAUCGCUUUUCUGGAUGAGACUGGUUACUUUGGGCCUGAUAGCGAGAAGUUGGUUGCUUGGGCUGCGAACAAUGCCCGCGGCAAACUAUCCACUUUCGAGGAGUACUUUGAGGCUCAUCCUCUUCGGCUCGAGUAA